ACAAAGACUUUGACCUUAGUAUAUAAAAGCUCAGUAACUGUGUCAGUCUGAUUCUGCAUUCUGGAGCAUUAUCAGAGGAAAACGUGCUCUAAGUAAACCAUGACAGCAGCAAUCACUCUCUCCACGGGUCAGCAGAUGCCAGCGGUGGGCUUAGGAACAUGGAAAAGUGCCCCAGGACAGGUGAAGCAGGCUGUACUGGCAGCUUUAGACUGUGGCUACAGGCACAUUGACUGCGCAGCAGCUUACAGCAAUGAGCGAGAGGUUGGAGAGGCCCUGAGUGAACGACUUGCAGCAGGACAGCCUCUGAGACGAGAGGACAUUUUUGUGACCUCCAAGUUGUGGAACACCAAACACCAUCCAGAUGAUGUGGAGGAGGCCUGCAAAAAGUCUUUGUCAGAUCUGAGGCUCAGUUAUCUGGACCUGUAUCUCAUGCACUGGCCAAUGGCCUUUGAGAGAGGAGAUGAGCUGAUGCCCAGGCGACCUGAUGGCACUAUUCGGUAUGAUGACACUCACUAUAGAGACACAUGGGCAGCCAUGGAGAAGCUGGUCGACCAAGGCCUGGUAAAAGCCAUUGGCUUGUCAAAUUUCAAUGCCAGACAGAUUGAUGACAUUCUCAGCAUUGCUAAACACAAGCCAGUGGUUAACCAGGUGGAGUGCCAUCCAUACCUGGUUCAGACUCAGCUGGUAUGUUACUGUUGGAGUCGAGGGCUGUCAGUAACAGCCUACAGUCCUCUGGGUUCUCCUGAUCGCCCAUGGGUUACAUCUGAAGAAGCCCAUCUGCUGGAUGACCCAAGGGUGGUCGGUUUGGCCAAGCGCUAUAACAAGACUCCUGCUCAAGUCAUCAUCAGAUGGCAUGUACAAAGAGGUGUCGUUUGCAUCCCCAAAAGCGUCACUGCAUCCAGGAUCAAACAGAACAUUGAGGUGUUUGAUUUUAAAUUAACUGAUGAAGACAUGAGGGUGAUUGAAUCUUUCAAUAGGAAUGAGAGGCUUAUCAUUCCAACUAUAAUGAUUGAUGGACAAAAGGUCUGGAGAGAUGCGAAGCACCCCAAUUUUCCUUUCAAUGAUCCAUAUUGAUAAAAUGCAACAGAAGAAUGUGUAAACCUCUCAGAGCUGAAGCUGGCAUGUCUUCAAUAUCAAAGUUACCCAUUUAAAUAAAAAAAACAACAACUACAUUUA